CCGAGGAUGCCAGCCCCGACCACUCGGAUUCGGGGUUGUUCAUGUCAAGUCUUGUUUUCCUCUUCCUGUACGACGAGGAAACAGUAAGGUCGCAACGGGCAGCGGACGCAUGCGUUGGCGAAGAAACCGUUUCUGGCGACCAGAAGCAACACGAGGAAAAAGGAGCCACCUGACGUUACGUCCCGCCGGCAUUGUGUGGGGAAAAACAAGAGAUCAACACCUGUUGGCGGGAAAGUCGCCCGACGCACAAAUGAGCCAAGCUCUGCAUAUUGAAUCGAGGAGACUCCUCUGCGACGGCCCAAACAAGUUGAGAACGAUGUCAAAAACGACCAAAAUCCUUGGUUCCUAAGAGCAUACGUUGAGUCGCGAUAGUCUCAUUCGGAAUCAGUCUAUUUCUCCAUUAUCAAGCGGCUGGGAGGAAAUAGAGGCUGGCAAACCGGGGCAAAGAUGCGGAACCAGGGAAUGCUAAACCCAAAUAACCUUAGCGGUGUUUAAUUGCUAAAAACAGCCCAGGAUGACAGCCCUGUCGCAUGCACCGGUCAACUACACACCGUCGCCGGUCCGUUGCAGCAGCAGCCAAUUCGAGGCAUCGCGUGUUUGUUCCCGCCCCAUGCCAUGAGCGUGAGCCCCCCAACGGCGCUGGAAAUCGGGGCUAGUGAAUACGAGAAUAAUCCUCGCCUCCUUCUAGUGGCCCUUUCCCCACGUCAAUAAACCAGAUCUGUGAUCGGCAGUGCAGGUGGUGCUUUUUCUACAGACUACGGAGUAACUCUCUCUUUUCCCUUGCUUCCCGUAAUCUGCGCCGCUCGAUACGAAUUGAAGGAACCCUGGGGAAGACUUGCCCCCCUCCGGCAGUCAUCCCAUACGAUGUGACAUGUAGUAUGGAGUCCUCGCCAAGCCGGCCAAGGGUCCUGUUGCCGGCCAUGUCACGACAUGACGCUAUUGCCGGAGAGACCGCAACGUCAUGGCUGUCUUUUUCCCGCCUUCUUGCUGUGUUUGCCGUUGGAGACCAUGAUCAGCUUCGGUUCGGGUCUGGUGAUGGAGCCUAAGGUAGUGAAGAGGCUGAUCAUUGUUAGGGAUAAGCUUAGAUCGAGGCUGUAUAAGAAGAGACCGAAGACUCGCCUCAUCCGACUUACUUCUCUCUCAUCCUCAUCAGCUUCUACACCAGCUUCUCCAACUACUACAAUCUCACAACUCUAAAAACAAGCUUCCCUAGCCCCAUCUACAACACCACCUCAAUCACAACACACAACCACCACAUACAAAAUGCAGUUCUCCAACCUUGUCACCAUCCUCUCCUCCGUCGCCGCCGCGGCCGCCGUCUCCGUCUCCUACGACACCGGCUACGACGACGGCUCCCGCUCCCUGACCGCCGUCUCCUGCUCCGACGGCGCCAACGGCCUCAUCACAAAGUACGGAUGGCAGAACCAGGGCCAGGUCGCAAAGUUCCCCUACAUCGGUGGCGCUGACGCCAUUGCCGGCUGGAACUCCCCCAGCUGCGGCACCUGCUGGCAGCUCACCUACAAUGGCAAGAGCAUCAACGUCCUCGCCAUUGACCACGCUGGCUCCGGCUUCAACUUGGCUCUCGGCGCCAUGAACGACCUUACCAAUGGACAGGCUGCUCAGCUUGGUCGCAUCGAUGCCCAGGCUACCCAGGUCGGCCUUAACGCCUGCGGUCUGUAAAUUACGACGACACUGAAACAACUUAACGAAAAAAACAGCAUAUUAAUCAGCAUCAAAUAAUUGGAGGGUGUUCGAUUGGGAGAACACUCGACAUUGCAUGGAACCGGCGCUAUUCAAUCCUUUGGCAUAUGCAUAUCACGAUACAUUCCUUACAUA